ACACAAAGACGCAGCUGUUGGCGCGAAAAGUGUGUUAGGGGUGCGGCCGCGACUGGAAACCAGACACCCGCACAGCGUCUGCUUUAUAACUGUAAUUCCCCGCACCGGGCCGCCCCGCACAGCGUGAGGGGGAGCGGGGAGAGGCUUUGUGAGCCGCGAGCUUCUCCGGCUGGUUAUUGUGUGUGUGAGGAGUUGGCCGGGACGCGCGAGCCGGCGCUUUCUUUUGUCUUCUUCUCUUCUUGUCCCGUCGCGCGGCCGUCCGUCCGGCUGCAGCGCGAGCUCACAGUAGCACACAUGAGCCGUUGGUGAAGCUUGCCCCACGAUGCCCGGACUUGGCUGUGCCAUGGCUCCUGACCAGAUCUGGCCCAUGGAGCUUGAGGCCCAGCAACACUACUUCUACUAUGAUGGGCUGGACACCGGGGAGGACUUCUACAAGUCAACAGCACCCAGCGAGGAUAUCUGGAAGAAGUUUGAGCUGCUUCCCACUCCGCCUGUGUCGCCCUCAAGGUUCGAAUUGGAGUGCCCAGGCUGGAUGGCACUGAAGCCCUCUUUCGAGGAGGAUUAUGGUUCUUCGUAUGACCUGGAGUUGGAGCCGCUGGACGUUCUGGCCAACCUGAGCUCCAUCGUAUUAAAGGACUGCAUGUGGAGCGGCCUGGCCAGUCAGCAGCUGGAGAAGGUCACCAGAGAUGCCAAGGCCGUUCCAAUGAUGAGGACUCAGCGGGUGGCACCAGUCACAGCACAUACAUACAGCAGCCCUGCCACACAGUGCGUGAACCCGGCAGCUGUGCUCAGCCUCCCAGGACAUCAUGGAAAGAAGACUGCCUCAGGCUCGUCUGGCUCAGACUCUCACUCAGACUCAUCCGAUGAUGAUGAAAUAGACGUGGUGACCGUGGACAACAGGCCCAAACGUGGUCGCCCUCCUGGCCGCCGAACCCCAGUUACCAUUGCGGUCAGUGCUGACCCCCACGGGCCCUGUCCCAAACACUUCCACAUCUCGCUGCACAGGCAGCAGCACAACUACGCCGCCCCGUCACCAGAGUCUGACCACGAAGAAGAGGAUCAUCUAGAACCUGAGGAAAAAAGAGCCAGACUGGAGUGCUCGUCUUCAUCUUCGUCUUCAUCUCCCCUCUCUUCUCCCGCCAGCUCAGACUCUGAGGACGCCACAGAGCAGCGGCGGAACUUUCUAGAGAGGAAAAGAAGGGACAAUCUUCGCUCUCGUUUCCAGGCGCUUCGUGGAGAAAUCCCAGGACUUUCAGAAUGCGCCAAGACCUCAAAAGUAGCCAUCCUGACCCGGGCCACAGAAUAUCUGACGCAGCUUAGGGCAUGCGAGCGAAGACAAAAUCAAGAGAGGAAAAAGCUCAAGGCAAAACAGCAGCAGCUGCUCCGUAAAAUCAGUGCGCUGAAGAACUGAUUAAGUGACCGUUUGGACUAGUCCGGUGGUCAGAGACUGUAAAGGGAUUGCUUCACAAAGCAGUCUAAACCAAAAUAAACCAAAAGUCAGUCCUGUUCAGUAGCAGGAGAGCUAAAGGACACCUCUGUUUUUGGAACUCUUGGCUCAGGUCCAGGUUGGUUAACUGGAUUUGGUUAAGUUGGAGCAACAAUUGUACCUGUCCGAUACAAACACCCUUUAUGUCCCUUAUUUUUUCAUGCUGGACAGGUUUUUAUUCUGGAUUAUCUAUCAGGUUAACUAAUGGAUCCUGUUGAAAUGCACAUCUGUCUAAACUCAACAUCUAGUUUAAUUCCUGCUUUAUUUUGGACAGUUCGGAUUAAAACGCUAAUGUAAAAAGGAGCAAAACAGAUCCAGCUAGCCUAUUGCCUUCAUUAGCUGGGCUGGAUUUGCCUGAAACUGCAGGUGUUCUUGGUCUGUAAUUCCCUAUUUGUUAUACUCGUCAUUCAUAAAUUGGUCUAAUGAUUAAAACAAGAGCUGCAGGAAGGUUCUUUCCAACCUGGGGGACUUUGCACCUUCUGACCAUUAAAGGUUCUGAAAAUGUUUGUUCCUUUUGCUCAUCGCUGUAGUGAUAUGGGUAGUGAAGGGUAAUUGGUUUCAGGGUGGGGGAACUCACUAACUGAAUGCUCCUCAAGGAUGUCCCAGUUAGCUCUGUAAUUUGACCAUGUGUCCAACCCAAUUGCUGUAUGCUGCAUCUGCACUGCAUAUUGCGCUUAUUGAAAUUGGCAUGUAAAAAUCCUGGAGUAUUCCUUUAAUCCAAAAGUCAGUGGAAGGACUUUUGGAUGAUCCUCAUUUUGGGCUAAGUCCAGUAACUAACUAAAAAAAAUCCUGUUUGAGUACAUUCUUAUUGCAGGUAAACAUGUGUGAAAUGGUUGAGCAAACCUUCCAACUCAGGAGAAAAAUGAUAGCAGGCUUGUGUGUGUGAGUGUGAAUGUGUGCAUGUGAGAGACCGUAAAUGGAAUUUAGUGACUGUUUUGAGUGCUAGUGUGCUUCUGAUCGUGUGUGUUUGGGUAAGUGUUAUUCAUGCAGGGGACACUCUAAGUGAUUGUGUUGAUCUAAGAUCAUGCUUUGCCAGAAUUUACCUCAUUUCUAUCUGUGUGCAGGUCUAACAUCAGUGGAGUUGCACAUGCUUGUUUAUAUAAAGAGAUGAAUUAUGUUUCUUUUGUACAUAAGAAUCUACACAUUUGGACUGUAUUGUAAAUAUUCACCUGGGUGGCUUCCUCACUUCGUACAGAAUCUACCUAAGAGCAUCACAGAUUCUAUUUUGCUAAAAAAAUAAAUGCAUUAAAAAAAGCUGCUAAUGUGGUCUUGUUCAUUUGA